AUGCGCCGCUCAUUAACCCCUUCCCUGCCGGCGGCAGCGGCCCCCCACGUGCGCUGCGAUCCGCCCGGCAGCGCUCCCCACCCGCAGCCGAGCGCUCCUCCUGGGCACGGCACCCCUCCCUUCCACAGAAGGGAGCCGGAGUCCCCCGCCCUCCCCAGAGCGCGGCAGAGCAGCGACGGAGUUCUUUGUGGAGACAGGGAGAAAAUCAGGCUCCCUCCGUCAGUCCACACCACCUCAUAUCCAGCACACGAGGUCCAUCCGGCUGCCAGGGCGCGUCACUCACACAGCGGAUGUGCUCCCAUUAUUAAAGGGGAUGGACAGCCCGAUUACCACACUUCUCAUCAAACGCAGUUUAAAGGUGAACACAGUCCACCUGCAAAGCCAAGUGAGAAGCACAAAUCUCGUAUUAAAUUUGGGGAUCCCAGAAGCAGUGGAUCUACGAGUGAGCAGAAGUAUGCCUACACUGCCCCAGACAAAAGGGAGCACAGAUUCUAUGACAAGGAACGUGCUGCCUUCCAGAUCCUCCACACAAAUGUGCAGCCAGGGGAUGGUCGCACCAGGUUCUCCACCUCAAUGUCAGAGCUCUUUCCAGUACAUAAUGCAGAGCCUGUAUCUAUUGCCUGUCUGAACAAAAACACUUCAUCCAUCCUCAGAGGUGAUGAAGACCCAGAGAGAAAUCGUGCACUGGCAAGAAUUACCACGACCCAGUUCUUCUACCCAGAGACUGGCAGGUGGAACUUCUCACCGAAGCCUGACUUGCUACUGCAGAAACACCAAAGCAAUGUCUGCUUAGGAGAUGACCUUUCAGGCUCCUGUUUCUUCAGCACAACACAGCACUCAGACUACCAGCCACCACAACAGCCCCAGAGGGUGACAGGAGACAGCAAGAGCCACCGUGACAGCCACAUCCCCUUCAACUACCACAAUGAAAAUCCCAUCACCACCACCCAGGCUACGCUGGUCCCACACAGACAGCAGAAGCAACGACUCUCUGAAGACAUGCUACAGCAGAUGAAACGCUCGCACCUGGUGCUGCCCUGGAAGGAGCAGAAUCUCUUCAGUACUGAGCAGAAGGAUGAGUUCACGCCCAAGCACAGAGAAACAGCAGAAAUCCAAGCAGCAAACUCCCAAGUGAGCUGCAUCCCGCUGGGGACCCUGAAAGAAUAUUGCUCCCAGAGAAAGGUGCUCUUCACACCAUGAUGCUCCCCCUUUUCCCUGCUUGCCCAGAAUUUCCUGCAACAUCAACUGCCUGUGUUGUGUGUUACCUGGCUGUUCUGCUGCUGCUGCUGUUCUGGCCCUGCUCCUGGCCCAGCUGCAUGUUAUUACAGUGAACAUUUAUUUCAAGAGUUGAAUGAGGACACGAAGUGUUGUGACAGCAAUAAACACCAGUGGAUUGGUCCAAAGACAUGGGUGACACCUCUCUCUGGAGUUGCAGGAUCCAUGCAGAGUGCCUCCAGGCGGGUGCAGGGGCAGGAGGGAGCAGGCACAGCGGGGGAAGCUCAGGGAAGGGCGAGAGAUCAGAAGCGUUGUCAGGGCUGUGUGUGGGCUGGAAUAUUCCCGUGUUAUCUGUUUGGAUUUUGGUGUCAAGGCCCGAAACCAAAGGUCAGUGAACAGUAGGGCAGAGAAGCAGCCCUCUCCAGCUUAUGAUGAGCAGGGCUGUUUUCCUAGCAACAAGCAGAGUAUUUCUGUUGAGUUGAUAAGCUCCUGGGGAUUCCCUGAAUGCUGAGCUUGCACUAACUCUGGUGGAGAUGUAGGCAUUUUAAAGGGAGGCCAAGUGAGCAGGUCCAGCUGCUGCCUUGUCACAGCUGCCACUUCACGAGCUCUUCUCAGCCUUUCGGUGCAGAUGGAUUUGAUUCACGUGUGCUGUGAGCCAGCACUGCAGUGUUAGAACAGGGCUUGCUAACUCAUUUCCAA